GCCGGAGCAACGUUUCCCAUACGACGCCGGCCGUAGUACAUACGUACGUACCUCGAUGAGGCCAUGGUUGGCGUUGGUGCUGGUCGCGCUGUGCGUUCCAGCUGCUACGGCUGAAACCCCGGCCGCGUCCUACAUUGUGCACAUGGACAAGUCGGCCAUGCCGGCAGGGUUCGCGAGCCACCUCAGCUGGUACGAGUCCACGCUCGCCGCCGCCGCCCCCGGGGCAGACAUGUUCUACGUCUACGACCACGCGAUGCACGGCUUCGCGGCGCGGCUCCCCGCGGCGGAGCUCGAGACUCUCCGCCGCUCCCGCGGCUUCGUGUCGUGCUACCCCGACGACGCGAGGGUGGUGCGCGACACCACGCACACGCCCGAGUUCCUCGGCCUCAGCGCGGCGGGAGGGCUGUGGGAGGCGUCCGAGUACGGCGAGGACGUGAUCGUCGGAGUGGUGGACACGGGCGUGUGGCCCGAGAGCGCGAGCUACCGUGACGACGGGCUUCCGCCGGUGCCGGCGCGGUGGAAGGGCUUCUGCGAGUCCGGCACCUUGUUUGACGCCGCCAAGGCGUGCAACCGGAAGCUCGUCGGCGCGCGCAAGUUCAACAAGGGCGUCUUCGCUAACUCUAACGUGACCAUCGCCGUCAACUCCCCGCGAGACACCGACGGCCACGGCACACACACGUCCUCCACGGCCGCCGGCUCGCCCGUGAGUGGAGCGUCUUUCUUCGGGUACGCCAGAGGUACGGCGCGCGGCAUGGCGCCCCGCGCCAGGGUCGCGGUGUACAAGGCCCUGUGGGAAGAAGGCACGUACACAUCCGACAUACUCGCCGCCAUAGACCAGGCCAUCGCCGACGGCGUCGACGUGCUCUCCCUCUCCCUUGGCAUAAAUUUCAGGGCGUUCUACGAAGACCCCAUCGCCAUCGGCGGGUUCGCGGCGAUGCAGCGCGGCGUGUUCGUGUCGACCUCGGCCGGCAACGACGGCCCGGACCUCGGGUACCUCCACAACGGCACACCAUGGGUGCUCACCGUCGCGUCGGGCACGGUGGACCGGAAGUUCUCCGGCAUCGUUCGGCUCGGCGACGGCACGACCGUCAUCGGCGAGUCGUUGUACCCCGGAACCCCGACCAGCAUCGGUAAUGCCGGGCUGGUGUUCCUCGACGCGUGCGACAACUCCACCGCGCUCUCCAUGAACCGAGGCAAGGUCAUCCUCUGCGACACCACCUCCACCGACUCCCUCAGCUCCGCGAUAUACGGGGCGCAGCAGGCGAAGGUGCGCGCCGGGCUGUUCCUGACGAACGACCCGUUCAGGGAGCUGUCGGAGCACUUCGAGUUCCCGGGCGUGAUCCUGAGCCCGCAGGACAAGCCCGCGCUGCUGCACUACAUCCAGCGUAGUAGCCGCGGCCCGCCCAAGGCGUCGAUCAAGUUCCAGGUGACGGUGGUGGACACGAAGCCCGCGCCGGUGGUGGCCACGUACUCGUCGCGCGGCCCGUCGGCGAGCUGCCCGACGGUGCUGAAGCCGGACGUGCUCGCGCCGGGCUCGCUCAUCCUCGCGUCGUGGGCGGAGAACGUCACCAUCCAGAACGUCGGGGAGCAGGCGCUGUUCGGCAAGUUCAACAUCAUCUCGGGCACGUCCAUGUCGUGCCCGCACGCGUCAGGGGUGGCGGCGCUGCUGCGGGCCGUGCACCCGGAGUGGAGCCCCGCGGCUGUGCGGUCGGCGAUGAUGACGACGGCCAGCGCGUCCGACAACACCUUGGCUCCCAUCAAGGACAUGAACGGGCAGGGGAACGUGGCCGCGACGCCGCUGGCGAUCGGGUCCGGCCACAUCGACCCGAACCGCGCCGUGGACCCGGGCCUGGUGUACGACGCCGGGCCGGAGGACUACGUGAGGCUCAUGUGCGCCAUGAACUACACCAAGGCGCAGAUCAGGACCGUGGCGCAGUCGCCUGGCGCCGCCGUGGACUGCGCCGGCGCUUCGCUGGACCUCAACUACCCGUCGUUCAUCGCGUUCUUCGACCCGGCCGGCGCCGCCGGCGAGAGGAAGUUCGUUCGGGAGGUUACGAACGUGGGCAACGGGCCGGCGAGCUACAGCGCCAAGGUGAAGGGCCUGAGGGGGCUGACGGUGAGCGUGGUGCCGAGCAGGCUGGUGUUCGGCGGGAAGCAGGAGAAGCAGAGGUACACGGUGGUGGUCCGGGGGCAGCUGAAGAACAAGGCCCCCGACGCCGACGUGAUCAUGCAUGGGUCGUUGACGUGGGUGGACGACGCCGGCAAGUACACGGUGAGGAGCCCGAUCGUGGCGACGACGGUGAGCUCCGCGGGGCUAUAGGAUAUGUAUGUACUUGUAGGCUGAUAUACCGGCAUACCGCACAGUAUAUACACGUCCAUCAAUUCGUUCAA